CUCCUCGACACGCUUGCUUCACAUGACAGCGCGUCCCUAGUCACGCCUUGUCCCUCUUUCCCUUUGGCUAGCUGCUGCCGCGCCUUGCACAACUUCAUCGAGUAGCCUUUGGAGGUCUCGUCUGCUACUGGCUUUUCCCCCGACUAAGCCUUGCCGCGAUAUGAACCCUGCUCAGCUGCUCAACCCAAAAGCCUUCAAGAAAAGCAAUGGUCGCGCAUCGCCCCGUGUUUCGCAAGAAGGUCAGAGCACACCACCAGUGAGGCCGCAGUUUGACCCCAAUGCUCUAUUGAAUCCCAAGGCCCCAGCGAAGCGUCCUCAUGAAACGGAUGGACUUGGCCAAGAUGACUUGGUGCAGCCAUCCGAUCUUGGCAUGGGCUCAAUGAUAGAGCGCAUGCAUGGUGUUCAGCGUCGCGAAGACCAACCAGCUAAAAAACCAAGACUAGACCAUGACACUAACAGCCAGAAAGCGGAUUUCAAAGGUGCCGGACAAGGAACUGUCUUGAGUGAGUACGUCACUUCUCAACAAGAGCAGAGCAAGAAAGACAGCCGCCCAACAAGGGAGGUCGUUGACCUCACUGCCGAUGAUGACGAGGACAUUGUACUUGUCAAAGACGCUGGUGCUGAGGAAGUCGUUUUGGGCCGGCUUGAGGGCCCUAUUGUCCAUUGCCACAUCGUGCCGGGCAUGAAGCAUGGCGCGUUCCAGGGCAGCAGCAGUGUGUGGCCUGCUAUCGACGUCCAGCUUGUCAGGAAUCCCAGUGGACACGACUACAACGUUUCUGUCUUUGACGCCACCAAGACAGCUUUUGGUAAACUGGAUAUCAGGACGGCCAUGGGACUGGUGCCACUCAUAGAUGCGUCCGCUGCCAUCAAUCUUCGGAUCAAGGCUCGCCUCCCUCCUCGUAAAAAGAAGGCUGCACCUUGGACCCCUUGCUCUGAUGCACUUCCGGUUGACAUACAUCUAUUCGCUCCACGAAAACAUGCCAAGAACAUCGGAAAAGCUUUGAGUCAGAAGCAGCUGUGGCUCCGCGAUCCCAAUAUUCCUCGCCUUGGAGUACCGUACUUCAACCCCCAUGUGCCUACUACAUCUUCGGUACCUUUGAGCACUAGCCGUCAACAGGGAUCCAGCUACACCUUCGUAGCGCGGACCCAGGAGGAAGUUCGCUCAGAUGUCAUCAGCAUGUUUGAUUCGCUUACCAAGUCUGGAGAACUUCCGCAGAUGGAACAGCCCGCUACAAUUAAGACUCCACUCCUCCUUCAUCAGCAACAGGGCCUGCACUUUAUGACAUCUAGAGAGAUGGAUGAUAGCGAGGGUGACGGUCAAAAGGAAAGCGCCUCGCUCUGGAAGCCGAAGACUAAGAGGAACGGCCAAAAGUUUUACUACAACAUAAUCACAGGUCAGGAAUCACGGGCAAGGCCGGCAUCCAUCCGCGGUGGUAUACUUGCGGAUAUGAUGGGCCUCGGCAAAACAUUGAGUAUCUUGUCUCUAGUUUCCGCGACGAAGGGAGAGUCUUACGAAUGGGCAAAAAAGUCUCCUCCCCAAACGCCUGGUCAGCCACUACUCAAGCUCAAUACGAGGGCAACGCUUCUCAUAUGUCCACUCAGCACCGUUGCCAAUUGGCAGGAACAGAUCAACGCGCAUGUUGCCCAGGGUUCUAUGAACCUUUACGUCUAUCAUGGUCAGCCAAGGGCAUCGACACCCGAAGAACUGAAAGAUUACGACAUUGUCAUCACUACGUACCAUGUCGUCGCUUCUGAGUUCAAUUCCGGCAAGCCGUUGUCGUUGAUAAAUUGGUUUCGCAUCGUCUUGGAUGAAGCCCACAUGAUACGGAGCCAGAGCACGAAACAGUCGAUCGCUACCUGUGCUCUGCAUGCGCAACGCCGAUGGGCCGUUACCGGUACACCUGUGCAGAACCGACUGGACGAUUUGGGCGCGUUGAUCAAAUUUUUGAGAAUCAAGCCGUUCGACGACAAGGGUGGAUUUGCGCAAUACAUUCUUACGCCCUUCAAGAACGCAGAUCCUGACAUCUUGCCAAAGCUACGGAUUCUUGUUGAUUCUAUCACUCUACGCCGUCUCAAGGACCGUAUCAAUCUCCCUCCUAGGCACGAUAAACUUGUGCGCCUCAAGUUCUCUGCAGAAGAGGGAAAACUCUACGACUUUUUUGCAAGAGAUGCUGCGGCUAAGAUGUCCGCCAUGGCCAGCGGCAGGGAGAAGUUGGCGAAGAACCAAAUGGGCCACAUCCUCCGCGUGAUGGGCCGGCUGCGCAUGAUUUGCGCACACGGUGCGGAACUCCUUGGAGAGGAGGAUAUGAAGCUCACUGAGGGUUUGAGCUAUGGCAAUGCCAUCGAGCUCGGUGAUGACGACGAAGAAGAAGAAGAAAAGCCCGCUCUCACUCCAAAGCAAGCUUACGAUAUGCUGCAUCUACUUAGAGAGAGCGACAUGAACCACUGCGGCAUCUGUGAUACUGUAAUCGGGAACAAUGACCUCUCGGAGAGCGAUGACGAUGCUGCAAGGGACAGCAAGGGCACAAUGGGGGAGCGUGUCAAGCCGAGAAUGGCGGGUGGCAAUUACAUGAACUGCCCGUUGUGCGACAGCUACGCCCGCAUGUCCCUUUUCCAGCUCAGCCAAGACGAAGCAGACAAGGACGAAGAGGCACGCCUCCGUGUUCGCGAUAACCCCCGUCUGGCAAAGCAACUGGGCCGUUACGGUGGACCGCAUACCAAAGUUAAGGCACUCAUCCACGAUCUCCUGGAAAGCAGAGCUUGGAAUGAGGCGCACCCUGACGAGCCUCCGAUCAAGAGCGUCGUCUUCUCAGGCUGGACCUCCUACCUCGACCUAAUCUCGAUCGCGCUCGAAGACGAGCAUUUCACGUAUACGCGCCUGGACGGUACCAUGUCACGUAAAAAGCGCAAAGACGCGCUCGACGCGUUUCGCGAUGAUACCACGGUGCAGAUCAUGUUGAUCUCGAUCGCAGCGGGCGGCUUGGGCCUGAACUUGACGUCUGGAUCGCGCGCCUACGUUAUGGAGCCGCAGUACAACCCAGCGGCGGAGGCUCAGGCCGUGGACCGCGUGCACCGUCUCGGACAGAAGCGCGAGGUCACGAUCACGCGCUUCAUCAUGGAAAACAGCUUUGAGGAAAAGAUGCUGGAGCUGCAGGAGAAGAAGAAGGAUCUUGCGGACUUGUCGAUGAACCGGAACGCGAAGCUUGAUCGAGAGGAGGCGGCGCGGAAGAGGCUUGAGGAUCUAAGAAGCUUGUUCCGCUGA